UGCCAUAUACGUAACGUUGUACAAGGGCCUCUGUUAGUGGUCGGAUACAAGUGCGACGGUAGCUAAUGCAGAUACGCUCCACUGGCCAGGGUACAACGCCUCCCCCACCUUAGUCCUCGUCGCGCCUUCCCUGUAUUACGGGUAUCGAUCAGGUUAGAAGAGGGGUAGCUCUUGCUAUCGCAGCUACCUGUUUACCCUUCCAAACUUUCAACUGCUUCACUUCACUUUUUCUUCCUAUUCAGACGACGGAUUUUCUGUGAACUCCGAUCCAAUACUUUGACCUCCUGGGUUUUCAAUUGCACUGUAAUUGCAACACUAUGGGCAAGAAACGCGUCCUCGUGUGCUACGGUGUGGAUAUCGAUGCCGUCGCAGGUUGGCUAGGUUCUUAUGGAGGAGAAGAUUCUACGAGCGACAUUAGCAGGGGACUUUGGGCAGGAACCGAGGGCACACGCCGCCUUCUCAAACUUUUCGACAAAUACAAGAUCAAAGCAACGUGGUUCAUCCCUGGGCACACUCUCGACACAUUCCCGGAAGACUGCGCAGCCGUCCGCGACGCAGGUCAUGAAAUCGGCCUCCAUGGCUACUCUCACGAGAACCCUACAGACAUGACCUUCGAGCAGCAGCGCGAUGUGCUUGACAAGACUUACAAGCAGCUCACCAAAUUCUGCGGCAAGCCUCCGCGCGGCAGCGUCACGCCAUGGUGGGAGACAUCGAAAGAAGGCUGCGACUUAUUGCUUAGUUACGGUAUCGAGUACGACCAUUCAAUGUCGCACGAAGACCACAAGUGCUACUGGCUGCGAACAGGCGACACGUGGACGAAGAUUGACUACACGAAGAAGGCGGAAGAGUGGAUGAAGCCUCUCGUCCGAGGCGAAGACACUGGCCUCGUAGAAAUACCCGGCAGCUGGUACAUCGAUGAUCUCCCUCCCAUGAUGUUCAUGAAGAAGGCAGCAAACAGCCACGGAUGGGUCAACCCGAGAGAUGUGGAAGCGAUAUGGAUGGACCAUUUUGACUAUUUCUACAGGGAAUACGAUGAAUUUGUGUUCCCGAUGACUAUCCAUCCUGACGUCUCCGGACGGCCUCAUGUUAUCCUGAUGCACGAGAGGAUUAUCGAGCACAUCAAUAAACACGAGGGCGUCGAAUGGGUUACCAUGGAACAAAUGGCCGACGAUUUCAAGGCGCGUAACAAGGUGCCGGAAGGCGCAAAGAUGCCUGCACCAGCUGGAGAGAUUCUGAAGAAGCAGGCUUCAGGCGAGGCCUUCAAUCCCGGAUUUUGAGCGUUUCCGAUUCUAUAGCUGAGCCUGAUGAUAUAUGGCAAUGAAACCAGAACUCAGACUCCCCUCUCAGAAGUGCACAAUCCUGCUUCGUACUGUUUCGUAAUGCACCGCAAC